CCCUGCAGCAUCCCUCCUCGCAUCUCAAACAGAUCACCAGAGAGAAGAGAGAACUCCUCGAGAGAGAUACAGAGAAAGAGCUAGCGCGGAGUUAAAGAGAGAGCUGCUGCUUCUUCCAUGGAGAGAGUUGCAUCAAGCUGCGUCGGCCUCCUGGCUCAAAGGAGGGCCUACUCCGUGGCCGCGGCCAUGGCGAAGGGAGCCGGGCAGAGGGCCGACGAGAAGAAGGCGGCGGCGGCUGCGGCGGCCAAGCGCGUGAUGCUGGGCAAGAAGGAAGUGAACACCGCUGCUGCCGCGGCGGAGGAGAAGACGGCGUGGGUGCCGGACCCGGCGACCGGGUACUACCGCCCGGCGGGUGGCGCCAAGGAGGUGGACGCGGCGGAGCUGCGCGCCAAGCUGCUCACGCAGGCCAUGUGGACUGCCGACUACACAAUGGCUGUUUUCUUUUUGUUUGGCUCAGAACCGGGUUGUUGUACAAGAGCAGACACUGCCACCGUGCAACAGAAUCCAGGGAGCUCAGUACCAUCAGAUGCUUGGGCUACUCCGGGUUCCAUGGAGAGAGUCGCAUCAAGCUGCGCCCGCUUCGUGUCGCAAAGGAGGGGAUACUCCGUCUCCGUGGCCGCGGCCGUGGUGAGGGGACCCGGGCGGAUGGCCGUGGAGAAGGUGGUCAAGCGCGUGACGGGCAAGGAGGUGAUGAACGCGGCGGCUUCGGCCCCGGCGGAGAAGACACCGUGGGUGCCGGACCCCGUCACCGGCUACUACCGCCCGGCGGGCGGCGCCAAGGAGGUUGACGCGGUGGACCUGCGCGCCGUGCUGCUUCCGCAGAGGGUCGCCAACUAACUGACCGGUUGCUCCAUCAGUUCAAAUGGCUUAGCUUGCAUUGCUGAGAUCUCCAUGCGCUCGCUGACGGCCGGGCAACGAGCCAACGAGGCCUAGAGCAUGAGGGUGCUGUGUCUUUGAGGCAUCAUAUAGUUUGGAGACUUUGGCGAGUGCUCCACGUACCGUAUGAGCUAUACAAGACGUCCAUUUCUGUUACGUCCUA